CACUGUUUUAACUUUGGUUAACUAUUUAAUCUUCACUGUUGUUAUGUUACCUAACUAGUGUUCAUUAGCAAUUGGUUUCGUAUUAGCAGUGUGUUGAACAGAAGUAUUGUCUAAUCUUGUUUUGAUUUUAGCGUAAUGUUGAGCUCUGAUUUGUUCUAUAUGGGAGAACAAGGAGUCAAGAAAGAACAAAUGAAGAAGAAAGAGAAUGAAAGAAGAGGAAGUAAAGAAAGGAAAAAGAAAAAUCAGCAAAAGAGGAGACAUGAGGAUGAAGCUAUGGAGGACAAAGUGAAGGCAAGAGAAGCAAGAAAGGAAGACAGCAAGCAAGUGGAAGAGCACGGAGUGGAGGAAACAAAACAACGAAAACAAGCAAGAACAAAGGGAGACAAGCACACACAAAAAAGUGAGACAAGCAGGAGGAGAGGGGAUAGAGGGGAAUGAUAUAAAGGAGAGAAGAGAAGAGCACAGAAAAGAAUGGAGAAAAAGCAAGCAAAGAAGCAAAUAUAGGAAAAUGGAAAGAGAAGAGUAAGGAAGGAGAGUGAGGAAAAAAGAGAAGCAAAGGAAGAAAGUAAGGAAGAGGAGAACGAAGAAGAGCAGACAAAUAAGGGG